UCUCACUCGUCCGUUCACCACCAACCCCGACAGGCGGAUCCCACCGACGACGCCUCACCCCUAAGUAGUUCUCCUCAAAAAUAACGUUGAACAACCGCGAUGGCCGAGAAGCCGCAGGACCUGGUCGAGCGGCGGCACGUGGAGGCGACGCUGGCGAGGGACAAGGGCGCCGACGCUCGCCUCCUGUCGUGGGCCAUCGAGGACUUCACUCAGAAGGGCGACAACAUGGCCACGGCCGUCACGAGCGUCGCCGUGCGAUUCGCGCUGCGGGACGCCGAGCACCGCGCGUCCUACGUCGUCAAGAUCAACCCCAUGCGGAAGGAGGCCCAGGUGGACGCCUUCACCUGCAACCUCAUCAAGAAGGAGAUCCACUUCCACGCGGUCGUCCUGCCGGAGCUCAACGCCGCCUUGCAAUCCGCGGGCUUCGAGAAACUGAGGAUACCCAAGUUCUACUUCGCGGAGGAGGAACCCGGCAGGGAAAUGCUCUUCUUCGAGGACCUUCGAGAUCGGGGAUUCAAGAUGGCCGACCGGAAGAAGGGCCUGGACGCUGCGCACGCAAAUCUCGUCCUUAAGGAACUGGCGAGAUUUCACGCGACUUCGCACGUGCUGAUCGCCAGGAACGGAGACCCGACAGACCGAUACCCUCUCCUUAAGGUGGACUUCGCUACGAGUACGGGACAGCAAAGGGAAUUUCUCAAGGGUAUGUUCGGAAGCCAUAUGCAACCUGCUGUCACCCUCCUUCAGGAAAUCGAGGGGUAUGACAGCGUCCUGCGGUGGGCCACCAGGAGCCAGCAGGAUGUCAUGGACGUCCUUCGAGACCAAGUGACCGACGGGGCCUCUCCUUUCAAACUAAUAUGUCACGGUGACUGUUACAGCAAUAACCUGCUCUUUAGGUAUGACGAUUCAGGUGCGCCAGUGGAAGCGAUGCUCUUAGACUUACAGGUCACCCGCUAUGCCUCCCUCGCCACUGACCUGACCUACUUACUCCUCACGAGCCUGGCAGGAUCCGUCAUGAGCAGCAGCGAGCAGGACUUCCUCAGAGCCUACUACGCGUCCUUCAGCGCCGUGACGGAGGCCGCGGGACACCCCGUUCCCUUCAGCUUCCAGGACCUUCAGGAGGAAUUCCGGAACAAGCUCCCCCUCGGCCUGCUCUUCGGCCUCAUCGUGAAUCCUUAUAUCGUCAUGAGUUCCUCUGACAUGCCCGAGGCCGAGGUGUUCCUCAGCGGCCACGACAAGGAGGAGGUCAAGCAGAAGAUCCUGAAGGCCCUCGACGGCAACCCUCUGCUGAGACCGAGGCUUCUGUCCGUGCUCGACUACGUGGUCGAAGCGGGGGUCGUCGACUAGGGUUUCUGUGGGGUUGUUCUAUGUCGUAGUUCUUGUUCUGUGUCGUAGUUCUUGUUCUGUGUCGUAGUUUUUGUUCUAUAUAAGGACUUCUUGUUCUGUCGUAGUUCUUGUUCUAGUUCUAUGUCGUAGUUCUUGUUCUGUGUCGUAGUUCUUGUUCUGUGUCGUAGUUCUUGUUCUGUGUCGUAGUUCUUGUUCUGUGUCGUAGUUCUUGUUCUGUGUCGUAGUUUUUGUUCUAUAUAUGGACUUCUUGUUCUGUCGUAGUUCUUGUUCUCGUUCU